CUGUUUAUUCUCCAUACAUCGUAUCGUAUGUGGACUAUGUGGAGCACACGUGGAGAAGUCGAGAAGUGAUAGUUUUUCGUAUAUAAUUCUAUGAAAAAGUGCACAGGGUUUUUCGUCGAAGAUGAAGGUUAAAGUGUUAAGUAGGAAUCCUGACGAGUACUUACGGGAAACUAAACGAGACAUUCACAAAAUCCCACGAAACUUCGAUCCCACCUUGCAUCCCUUCCAGGAGGCCCGGGAAUACACGAAAGCGCUGAACGCCGUUAAGCUGGAGAGAGUGUUCGCGAAACCGUUUCUAGGUAGUCUGGAAGGUCACAAGGAUGCCGUGUCCUGCAUAUGUAAACAUCCCUCUCAGUUGUCCACCCUCCUGAGCGGCGCCUACGACGGCGAGGUGAGAACGUGGAAUCUCGGCCAGGGGACGUGCACCCGCUCGUUCCUGGCUCACGACGGCAUAGUUCGUGGCAUUGUGUACUUUUCGGACAACAAGCACUUCAUUACUGUUGGCGACGAUAAGACGAUCAAGACGUGGAACGCCGUUUCCACAGACGAAGAUGAGGAGGAGGAACCUGUGAAUACUAUUGCCAGUAAAACGGUAUUAACUGGUGUGACACAUCAUUGGAGCAAAUCGGUUUUUGUUACCUGUGGAGAAGGCAUAUGCCACAUGUGGGAGGAUACUAGAAAUGAGCCCCUUCGAACAUUUAAAUGGGGUGUGGAUAGUUUAUUGGAUGUAAAGUUCAAUCCAGUGCAAAAGGAUCUUUUAGCAUCUUGCGCCAGCGAUCGCAGCAUAGUUUUAUAUGACAGUAGAGAGAUUGGACCUUUAACAAGGAUAGUAAUGAAAUUACGAAGCAACAAGCUGUCGUGGAAUCCCAUGGAAGCCUUCGUCUUCACGUGCGCCAAUGAAGAUUACAAUUUAUACACUUACGAUAUCCGCAAAUUGAAAGCGCCGGUUAACGUACACAUGGAUCAUGUGGAUGCUGUGAUAGACGUCGAUUACUCGCCGACGGGAAGAGAAUUUGUUUCGGGCAGUUACGACAAGUCGAUCCGUAUUUUCGAAGUGAAUAAAGGUCAUUCGCGGGAGGUGUACCACACGAGACGCAUGCACAGACUUACUUGCGUAGGAUGGUCGUUGGACAACAAAUACGUAAUUAGUGGCAGCGAUGAAAUGAAUCUUCGCGUAUGGAAGGCUAAAGCAUCGGAGAAGCUCGGUGUUCUGAGGGCCAGAGAGAGAAACGCGCUGCUCUUAAAUGACGCUCUCAAAGAGAAGUACGCGGCGCAUCCGGAAGUCCGACGAAUUGCACGUCACAGACAAGUGCCGAAACACAUAUACAAUGCGCGAGCCGAAUUACGAACGAUUCGCGAGAAAAGUAAACGCAAGGAGGCUAAUAGGCGUCAUCAUUCCAAGAAGGGAACCGUACCGUACGUGGCAGAAAGGCAGAAGAAUGUUGUGGCACUGGACAGUUGAAGCGGUGUGUUCUCGUAUCUCUUUAUCUGAUACAAUUUCGCGCGUCGCAUUUCGAUCUUUAUACCAACUCGUUGGUUGUUUCAACGAGUCAUCGAUUUUUAUAUUUGUUAAAUCUUUUAGGAUCGAUUAUUCCAAUUUCUUGGUAAACUUACCUAUCAGAUAAAUAUAUAUUUGUCUUCAUUUAUUUAAGAAAAGAAAUGAAGAUAGACACAUGCUUACCUGGUAGGUAAGUUUACCAAGAAGUUGCAACAGCCGACCCUUAGUCCGUAUCAGACUACGCGGUAGAGAUUGAGAAUUGCAGAUUAGAAUUCAACUGGUCAGAAUGAAAUGGAUUAAAGCUAGCUGAUUGAUCUAACUUUGAUCUUUAAUUCAUAAUUCUUAAUCUUCAAUGCAAUACUCUGAUACGAGCUUUGUAGGAUAUUAUGUAGUCGUAAGAAAUACUUUGUAUUAUAUUUAUUGCAAUAAAUAAUUUCUCUUGACAUUAUACA